GGGAAAGCCACCAGAAACAUAACAGUGCAUUAUCCUCCUGUCAUCGACGACUGACUACUGCACACUACUGACAGUAAAAUGGGACAGGGCAGAUUGCAAAACAAAAACGCUAUUGUGACCGGAGGAGGUUCAGGAUUCGGGGAAGGAAUCGUGCACAAAUUCAUUCUCGAGGGAGCGAAUGUGAUCAUUGUUGAUAUAAAUCAGCUAGAAGGACUACGAGUGCAGAAUAAUGAGCCACCAGGACGCGCUAUCUUCCUUCAAGGAGAUGUAUCGAGUGAAUCUGAUUGGAAGAUGGUGCGUGAAGUGGCACUUGAGAAGUUUGAGAAGAUUGACAUCGUGGUCAAUAAUGCUGGGAUUGUUCAUGAAGUUCAGCCAUCUCUCGAAACAUCCGAGGACAUGCUGGACCGCAUGUACAAAGUCAAUGUCAAGAGUAUUUAUCACUCAGCCAAGGCUAUUGCUCCCUACUUUCAAGCCCAGGGUGGGGGUGUUUUUGUGAAUAUCUCAAGUAUGAGCUCUAUUCGCCCUCGGCCGAAGUACGCUUGGUACUCCGCUACGAAAGGGGGUGUGAGUGCGGCGACCAAGAGUCUGGCUGCAGAAUUUGCGAAGGAUAACAUUCGUCUCAAUACUGUGUGUCCCGUUGUAGGCGAAACUGGAAUGAUGCCCGUAAUCCUUGGGAGUCAGGACACACCCGAGGCUAGGAGCAAACUUCUGUCUAGCAUCCCUUUGGGACGAUUUGCCACUCCGGAAGACGUUGCUAAUGCCACUACCUUUCUGGCAAGUGAUGAGGCUUCGUUCAUCACGGGGGUCGAAUUGCCGGUAGAUGGGGGAAGAUCAUUGUGAUUGAGAUUUUGAACUACGGAAAUUAUGGAACACUCAGUGGCUUUCUGAUUAUGUACUGCAAAUCUCCGAUAUGAGCCAUCUGGCACCAUGUAUCAUGUCC